AGCUCACAGCCUCUGUGACGCACAUGCAACAGCAUUGAUUUGGUUCAUUGGUUCAUGCUGGGAAGCUAAGACAUCAUGCAGGGAUAUUAACACAAUGUUCAUGGGAAAAUGAGAGGCCUGAUAAUUGGAGACAGCAUCUCAGAGGAUGGAGAGCCAAAAAACACAGUCUGAGAAACCUGAUCCAGGCCUUGCACAGUCCUUAGGAACAUAUUUAUCAUAUUACGAGCAUGAAGAAAUGAAAAGAGAUGGCAGUCGUCCUGACUGUGAGACAGAGGAAAACAAGGACCCAUCAUCUCAGAUUGUCUCAUGUGCCCAUGCAGAUUCAGCUCCCGACCUGGAGUGGUUCCCGGAGGGACGCUUCGUCUGGCUUGUUGUCCUGGCAGCCACCUGGUGCAAUGGAUCAAUCUUUGGGAUUCAGAAGUCUUUUGGAAUCAUACACAUGAUGCUUGUUAAAGCUCACGAGGACUCAAAUAAUGAAGUUUCUCAGUUUGCAAUAGCCUGGGUUGGUGCUCUGGCCAUGGGAAUGGUCUUUCUCUGCUCCCCCCUGGUCAGUAUUGUCACUGAUCACUUUGGCUGCAGGGUGACGGCCAUUUGUGGGGCCCUUGUGGCUUUCUUGGGACUUCUGACAAGUUCAUUCACCAUGUCGUUAGGUUUGUGGUACUUCACCUAUGGGGUUCUGUUUGGCUGUGGCUCCUCCUUUGUCUUCUUGCCUUCUCUGGUGACCCUGGGACACUACUUCCCUCAGCGCCUCGGCCUGGUCAACGGGGUGGUGAUGGCAGGCAGCAGUGUUUUCUCCAUAAGCCUGCCCGCCCUGCUGGAGGAGGUGGGGACACCGCUGGGCCUCAGCACCACCUUUCAGAUCCUCAGUGCCCUCAUGCUAAUCCAGGCAGCCCUGGCAUUCUCCUUCAGCUCACGCCUUUACCACAGGAAUAUGUCCACUAACACGGCCCAGCAUUCAUCUGCCAACCUGAGCAGUGGCUGGCAGCAGGGCCUGGCACAGACCAGGAGGUACUGCAACCUUGGAGUGUUUCACCUCCAUAAUUACAGGGUGUGGGCUUUUGGGGUGGCAACGGCUAUGCUGGGCAACUUUGUGCCCUACAUUUACCUGAUGAGUUUUGUGGAGGAGCAGUUUGUGGAGACGCCAGUGAAGGAGUGGGUCCUCCUGGUGUGUAUCGGGGUGACCUCCUGCGUAGGACACCUGCUGUUUGGCAGGGUGGGAGACCUGCUCCAUGGGGCACGCAAGAUCUACCUGCAGGCAGGCUCCUUCAUGGUGCUUGGCUUGGUGUCUAUGCUGGUUCCUCUGUGUGUCAGGUUUGAGGGGCUGGUUGCAGUGUGUCUACUGCUGGGGCUGUGUGACGGCUGCGUCAUCACCCUCAUGGCCCCUGUGACAUUUGAACUGGUGGGCCCCCAGAGAGCCUCCCAGGCCAUCGGCUACCUGAUGGGCCUCAUGGCCCUCCCCAUGACCGCCGGACCCCCCCUCGCAGGGCUACUCCAUGACCACUUUGGAGAUUACCACAUGGCCUUCUACCUGGCUGGGGUUCCUCCCAUGAUCGGAGGUGUCCUGCUCUUCUUUGUCCCGAAUAUUCAUCAACGCCUGCUGGAGGGCCAGCAAGAAACCCUCCCCAGACCCAGCCCUGACCUCCAGCUAUCCCCUCCUGGCUCUGACCACCAGUACCCUCCCAUCCCUGGUCACCAGCUGCCCCCAACCAGCCCUGACCUCCAGCUAUCCCCUCCUGGCUCUGACCACCAGUACCCUCCCAUCCCUGGUCACCAGCUGCCCCCAACCAGCCCUGACCUCCAGCUAUCCCCUCCUGGCUCUGACCACCAGUACCCUCCCAUCCCUGGUCACCAGCUGCCCCCAACCAGCCCUGACCUCCAGCUAUCCCCUCCUGGCUCUGACCACCAGUACCCUCCCAUCCCUGGUCACCAGCUGCCCCCAACCAGCCCUGACCUCCAGCUAUCCCCCCCUGGCUCUGACCACCAGUCCCCUACCAUCCCUGGUCACCAGCUCCCCCCAACCAGCCCUGACCAACAGUCCCCUCCCAUCCCUGGUCAUCACCAUCGCUGCCACGACUCAAGAAUGUUGCCAACAGUAACCAAGUGAGAGGCCACUGUGGUGAAGACACUGUGACAAGUCAGAGAUCCCAUAAGAUGUAUAAUGAGGGAAGUCUUGUUCCAUGAUAUUCCAAGGGACGUUUGUUAUAAACAUCUUUAAACCACCAGUCUAAAGUUAUUGAAUUCUGAAUAAGCUUUGUACUCUAUGACCUAUUUGCAUAUAUGAUUUUCUAACAUUGUUGGCUUUAGGGCAGGGGCAGUCACUAAUAUUUCUGAGGUAGCCACUUCUGUGAAACAACCUCACUGAGCGAGCCGUCAUACACAUAGGGAGUUAGGGGUUCACAAAGUCAAAUUGAUUCAUACAUGAUAUCAAAUGGAUUCACACAUGAUAUUUUAGAUACUAUUAACAUGGACCAUCAAGCUAUUUUAUUAUAUAUCGUAUAUAUCAGAAACAAAUGUGUAAAAAUAAUUUUAGGAAUCUAUUAAAUAUGGCCUUUGCCAUUAUCUCAAUAAAGUUUAUAACACAAAGAUACAAUAUGUUAAAUCUGUUAAUGUCAAAUUUCAGUCUGAAGGAAGUAUAUUCUUUGGAGUGAUUGAAAUGCAUCAGUGUGGUUCUCUGUAGUUCAGUUGAUAGAGCAUACGUGCUUGCAGUACCAGGAUAGUGGGUUAAAUUCCCAGGUUCAUGAGUGUUAGCUUUCAGUAAUUGGUGUCACAACUGCUCCUGCUACGCCCUCUGGUGUUCAUGCGGUGUCUUCUUGACCUGCAGUUACACUCUCUUUCUCUCCCUCUCUGUGUGAUUGUGUGGUUGGAGACAGGUGUGCUGGAGUCAGAACAGAUCCCAACCAGCUGCAACUCGUUCCAUAAUCAAGACCUCUACAAAUACUCAGUCCUGCCAGUUCCACUCUGCCAGAUUGUAAUCUCUGCUCAGUCAAUUCAUGAUUUUAGCCAUUUAUGAUUAUUCAAGAUCCUGUUACUCUGCUGUGCCUGUUUCCCUGCCUGACACCGUUUAUCCUCUCAUUGCAGUUUACUGCUCUGGCUCCUAUCUCCCGUUCCACAUCUCACCACCCAGCUACAUUGCUCUGGAUUUUACUCACCACCACUACCUUGAUUCCCCUCAGGACCUGUUUACCCUGUUCUACUCCGCCAACUCCAACCUCAGUCACCACAUCUGGUUUUUCUGCAACUCAUCCGAGCUUCCCCGGAUCUGCACUCCAUAUCUCUCUGUGUAACAAUAAAUAUUUUGGUUCAUUCA